AUGAGAGAUCCGAAUACAGGGAGAUCACGAGGGUUUGGCUUUUUAACAUUUGUGGAUUCGUCCGUAGUCAAUACCGUAUUGGUUAAAGAGCACCAGUUGGAUGGGAAAAUAAUUGAUCCAAAACGUGCCAUACCGAGAGAAGAACAAGAAAAAACCGAGAAAAUCUUUGUUGGUGGAAUAGCCCCGGAUGUCAGUGAAGACGAAUUCAAAGACUACUUCUCACAGUUCGGCAAUGUAAUCGACGCGACCUUGAUGGUCGAUCGUGAUACAGGAAGACCGCGUGGAUUUGGGUUUAUUACGUUUGACUCAUCGGAACCUGUUGAGAAAGCGAUGACAAGGAACGAUCUUGAUCUUAAGAAUAAGCCGAUUGAAGUAAAGCGUGCAAUGCCGAAGCACAAGUCGCAACGACAGUCUAUGUAUAAUCAGCAGAACUUUGGUUCAUCAUCAGCCGUGGCUGCUUCGGCGGCGGCAGCCAUGUCUGCAAUGCCGCCUUCGGCAUCAGUAUCAAGAUAUGGACAACCAUAUGGUACUGGAAAAGAUGCUAGUCUUGGUUAUUCGGGUAUGAAUUAUGCGACGCCUGGUUCAUAUUCUGGUUACGGAGGAUAUGGCCAAUACGCAGGCUACAAUUAUCCGAGCAAUUACGGCGGUGGUUAUGGUAACUAUAAUGCCAUCAGUCAAUAUUAUACAAGGUAUGCGAAUUCGUAUGGGCAAUAUGGUGGCGGUUAUGGAGGUUCUGGAAGUCGAGGCAACAGCUCUUACAACCAAUGGUACAGAGGUAACGACAGCGGAUAUACGUCAGGUGGACCGUCAUCGGCUGGAGGAGGAUCUCCCAUUGGCGGUCCUUCUUCCGCCAGUCGGAUAAGUAGUGGGUAUCACCGCUCUCCCAGUAGGGAUGAGGGAAGUUAUGGUGGCGGUAGGGAUCAUCACCAUCAUCCUGGCUCUCCAGCUUACGGCCGUGGAAGUUCGAGGGGACCCAUCCGUUCAUACUCAAGCGGUAUUCAAAGCAGUGGGGGCGGUCCUAUAUACAACAGCCAGCAAGUCCGCGGGACUCAUAACUAUCAUCCAUAUGCCCGAUGA